AUGGGUGCAGCAGCCCAACAGGUCCCUGCGGCGGCCGCGUUGAUCAGCAGAAAUGCCGAGGCGUCAAACACGACAGACUGCUCUCGGGAAUGCAUGACGGACAUCAUUGUUACCCAGAUCCUCGACUCAGCGGUGGCUCACAAUCCGUCGACCUUGCCACUGGCAUCAACGUACAAAGCGACCGAGAACUCGCAUCCGGCAGCCCUUGCCAUGAUGACUUUAUGGCACACGGUCACCAAGGCAGGCACUCCCGACCUGCUCGCAAUUGACACUACAAACGGCACUGCGUACUUCGUCCUGGACGUCAGCGAGGGAAACGACGCAAUGCCACCAGUCCUUCGGGGCCGGAUCGCGGUGGUCGACCAGCAGAUCACAGAGCUUGAGCUGUUCAUCAACCGCUAUCGCGGCGACCACGGCUUCUCCUACUCGGCCUCAGAGCUCCCUGCGAACUAUGCAGAGUUGAUGUCCCCGCCAGCCAACCGGACCAAAGCGAGUCGAGAAACGCUGUGGAAGCUAAGCGAGGCCCUCUUCGCCGAGUCCAGCGACUUCACAGUCGCCAUCAGUGACGACUGCCAGUUCACCGAGAUAGGCUGGAAGGUCGUCGAUGCUGGGACCUACAACAACGGCUCAACCGACCCCCUCGGCUGUGCCUGGCCCGACGAUCAUCCCACCGAUGACAACACACGAGUGGCCCUUGUUUUUCACGAGGAGUUGGGCUUCGUUGUUACCAGUGGGGUGAUCCCGGGCACUGUCUACCCAUACGGCGGGAACGUCUCUGCCUUCAUCCCGAACAAGAUGACCUCAGCUCAGCAGGCGCAGGUGGAUUACAUCGAGUACAUGCAAGCCAGUGAUCCUUCUGUGCCGCUUGUGGCUCCCUUUGGAGGCACUGGCGACACCCUCGAGGUGCUUCAAUACUACAACGAAGAGCUCACAGCUAUGCAGAUCAAAGUCUAUGUGAGCGGUCCCAACAUGACAUCGCCCUGGUUGUGGUCGACGCGGAGAUGCGGCUUUAUAAUCGAGCUUGCGACUGCUGGCUUCGAUGCUGAUUUCUGGGCUCGUGUCUUGGGAUGA